AUGAUGCGGAGCAAGCCAGCCUCGUCGAUGCAAAAGACAUACGAUGAGUGCUAUCUCCACUGUUCCACUGCAGUAUUUUUUGAAGGCCAGGGUAAUGAGCCUGAAGCUCUCCGGUCUUGGAAGUCGGCACUGGACCAGAUCAACUACUACAAAGUCUACAAACUGCCAUCGAAUUAUUCGCCCAAAUCCGAGACCGAGAGAGCCCUUUUCGAUUCACUGAGAGAACUAGAGAUACAAUGUAAAGAACGAGUUGACUUACUCGAGACACUCAAGCGAAGCCGCCAGGAGGCAGGGAGAGACUCGCCAAGGGAAGAGAAACCAGAACAUGGGAGUGGAAGGAGACGGUUAGAAAAGAAUCGAGGCCCCUCUGAGACUACGAUGGACAAACCGAAAGUAUGGCUUGGAGAGGAGACGAUACCACCUAUUCAGAUGUCAGAACUUCCAAGUGCGACGCCGGCAUUGCCUACACGACCGCCGUUGGGAAGCAGUCGAAGUAGCGAGACAGCAAGCAAGGAUGGGACCUCUCCCAUUUCGCGAACCCGGUCCUCACCUUUCGGUGUCCCACCGCCGACAUUGCCGCUUCCCCGUACUAAAGUCUCGAGGAGCCCUAGUCCAGACCAUGGAAGGAAGACAAUGCGGACGACACUACGGAGUGAGAAAAAGGGAUUUAGGAAAUAUCGGUCUGCUCCCAAUCGUGACAGGAUGCCCGACACCAUGAAGGCCGCUGGCCUAGCGUGGGAAGCACAGCCACGAAAGAACUCCCAGACCACUCCUCGACCGGAUUCAGACCCGACGAUAGAAGCCAGGCUGAGUGCUACGGCAGCCAGACGCAGUAUUGACCAAGAUGCCACCGUAAGAUACGAAGAGCAAAGAAGAUCCUAUCCGACCCCGAUAUUGACAGUGCCCAACUCUAUGCCGCCACAAAGUUGGCGGGAUGCCUCGAAUUCGUCCCAUGGGCAGUCCUCGUUAAUGAAGUCGAUGGAAGACUUGACAUUGACGUCUGAAUCGGUUCCAAGCCUCAUAGAUUUCGAAUCCGAGCCUGAGAGACCUCCUCCUCCUCCUCCUCCUCCUCCACAUGCGUCGUCCGCGGGGCCCACCGUUUCUAAAACAAGGACUCGGUCGCCGGUAGCUAUGCCUAAGGCGCCAGAUAUUUCUUAUCGAAAAGAAUAUCCUGCACGGGUACAAAGAGUUCCGCAACCGCUUGCAAACAAUUUACUUGAGAAAGCCUAUCAACGGGCCGGCUCUAUUAGUAGUGCAUCCGGUAUAUCCAGAAAGCCCGUCGGCAACGCGGACACGGCCCUUGAGACAAGAGGGCGGUCUCCCCCUAGGCGGGAUGAGCAUUCGGACAGCGAAGAUGAUUCUUUGAAACGAAAUCUGGACAGACCCAGGCGAUCCCGCGGGGCCCGGACGGACACCGCAAAGACAAUCACUCCUCCAUCGACUGACGGUGAAUCGUUGGAAGAUGACGGUUCCGAGUUGGCAGAAGAGAAGAAAAGGAUCGUCAAGGUAUUGAAGAACCUCCCGAAGGGCCUGGAUGAGAACUCCGCCAAACAGAUCCUGAAUGAAAUCGUGGUCAAAGGCGAUGAAGUACAUUGGGACGAUGUUGCAGGUCUCAGUGCAGCCAAAAAGGCGUUGAAAGAAGCAGUGGUGUAUCCCUUCCUGAGACCGGACCUAUUCAUGGGACUUCGAGAGCCUGCUCGCGGAAUGCUGUUGUUUGGGCCCCCCGGGACCGGCAAGACGAUGCUGGCCCGAGCGGUGGCCACGGAAAGCAAGAGUACGUUCUUCGCCAUCAGCGCCAGCAGUCUCACGAGCAAGUGGCAUGGCGAGUCGGAGAAAUUGGUUCGUGCCUUGUUCGCCCUAGCCAAAGCCCUCGCCCCAAGUAUCAUUUUUGUGGAUGAGAUUGAUUCUCUCCUGAGUGCGAGAAGUGGAUCGAGCGAGCACGAAGCUUCGCGGCGGAGCAAGACGGAAUUUCUGAUUCAAUGGUCGGACCUCCAGAGAGCAGCGGCGGGCAAGGACACCACGGUGGGAGAUGCCAGUCGAGUGUUGGUGCUGGCUGCAACAAAUUGUCCUUGGGAUAUUGACGAUGCAGCACGGCGACGAUUCGUUCGGCGUCAAUAUAUUCCUCUGCCAGAAGCCGAGACGAGGAAAACACAAAUUCGCACAUUGCUAGGACAUCAAAAUCACGACUUGAGCGCGGAAGAUAUUGAACGACUGGUAGAACUUACAGAAGGAUAUUCUGGGUCGGACAUCACAGCAUUGGCCAAAGAUGCUGCGAUGGGACCGUUACGGCAUCUGGGAGAGGCACUGUUGUUCACGCCUAAAGAGCAGAUCCGACCCAUCCACAUGAUGGACUUCGAAGCCAGUCUUGAGAGCAUUCGGCCAAGUGUGAGUAAGAAGGGAUUAGCAGAGUUUGAGAAAUGGGCACGGGAUUUCGGGGAGAGAGGUGGAUGA